UCAGACCUGGAACUGGUUCCAAAGAACGAAUUUCAUAGAGGCAAUCGCGCACGUGUUUGUGUCUGUUGAUUUUAAUUUGAAUCUAACACGUUUUAAACCUUUUAAAUUUCAAUGGCAUUCGGAAGACCCCGUGGUGGCGGAGGCGGUGGCGGCGGCAGAGGAUUUCGUGGCGGUGGUGGUAGGGGCAGCGGCGGUGGAGGAGGCUUUGGAGGUGGCGGCGGAGGAAGAGGUUUUCGUAGUGGCGGUGGACGAGGAGGAUUCGAUCAAGGCCCGCCGGAGCGGGUCAUUCCGAUCGGCAACUUUGUUUACACAUGCCAGAAUGAUCUUGUUUGCAAGGUGGACAUCGACGAUGUACCAUACUUCAAUGCACCUAUAUUCUUGGAGAACAAAGAGCAGGUUGGCAAAAUCGACGAAAUCUUUGGCACUGUUCGGGACUAUUCAGUCUCUAUAAAGCUGUCAGAAAAUGUUUAUGCAAACAGUUUUAAGCCCCAACAAAAGCUCUUCAUUGAUCCGGGCAAGCUGCUGCCGAUUUCAAGAUUUUUGCCAAAACCUCCGCAGCCCAAGGGCGCCAAGAAAAAGGGUGGCGUAAAUAACCGUGGUGGCACAGGUGGUGGUCGCGGAGGCGGAGGUGGCUUUAACAGAGGAGGAUCGGGCGGCGGUCGUGGAGGCGGCUUCAACCGAGGUGGUUCGGGUGGACGUGGUGGCGGCGGAAACUUCCGAGGGGGCGGCGGUCGUGGAGGCGGCAACUUCAACAAAGGUCGUGGCGGAAACGGGGGUGGCGGUCGCGGACGUUGGUAGUUUGAUAAUAAUCUUAGCAGCGUUAAUUAUUAUCCAUAGAAAUAUAAGACAGUAUGUACGUUUGUUUGUAAAUUAGUGGAGCUCAAUUCCAAUGAAAUAUGAAUAAUUUUAGUUUGCAGUUAACAAAGAGUCGACGUAUGUAGAUAUAACGCAGAUGACAUUUUGAAAUCCUAUCCUACGUUUGUAAUACAAUUUUUGUAAAAUAAACCAUUAACAUCUAAAAACAGAAAAA